GUCUGCGCAUCUGCGUGCUGGCAGGCUUCUAGUUCUGCCGGAUGUGUGGCGCUUGUGGCUAUGGCUACUCGUCGAGCUUUGCACUUCGUCUUCAAAGUGGGAAACCGCUUCCAGACCGCGCGUUUCUUUCGCGAUGUCCUGGGGAUGAAGGUGCAGACGGGGCCGAGAGGGGCUGGGGCACGAGGGUGGGUGGCCGGGGCCGCUGCGCUCCACUGGCCCAAGAAAGGGACAAUUGGGUGUGUCUUGAAUCUCCGCUGGCGCCCAGGUAGAUUUCACAAUCUUGUUUGCCUGACUUGGUAUUCUAAUUUCCUUAUCAGAUUCUGCGGCAUGAGGAAUUUGAAGAGGGCUGCAAAGCUACCUGUAAUGGGUAUGACACCUUGUUUCUUAAAAUCUCCUUUAGGCUCUGAAUACCCUUGGAGAACAGAAGAAAGUUGUUUGAAGCCUUAUGAUGGGAAAUGGAGUAAGACAAUGGUGGGAUUUGGACCUGAGGAUGAUCAUUUUGUCGCAGAACUGACCUACAAUUAUGGCAUUGGACACUACAAGCUUGGCAAUGACUUCAUGGGUAUCACCCUUGCUUCUAGCCAGGCUGUCAGCAAUGCCAGGAAGCUGGAGUGGCCACUCAAUGAAGUUACGGAAGGUGUUUUUGAAAUCAAGGCCCCAGGAGGAUAUAAGUUCUAUUUGCAGAAUCACAACCCACCUCAGUCAGAUCCUAUAUUAAAAGUAACUCUAGCAGUGUCUGAUCUUAAGAGGUCCUUGAACUACUGGUCUAAUCUACUGGGAAUGAAAGUUUAUGAAAAAAGUGAAGAGAAGCAAAGGGCUUUGCUGGGCUAUGCUGAUAACCAGUGUAAGCUGGAGCUGCAGGGUAUCAAGGGUAGAGUUGAUCAUGCAGCAGCUUUUGGAAGAAUUGCCUUUUCUUGCCCGGAGAAAGAGUUACUGGACUUAGAAGACUUGAUGAAAAGGGAGAACCAGAAGAUUCUGACUCCCCUGGUGAGUCUGGAUACACCAGGGAAAGCAACAGUACAAGUGGUCAUUCUGGCUGACCCUGAUGGACAUGAAAUUUGCUUUGUGGGGGAUGAAGCAUUUCGAGAACUUUCUAAGAUGGAUCCAGAGGGAGGCAAAUUGUUGGAUGACGCAAUGGCGGCAGAUAAAAGUGAUGAAUGGUUUGCCAGACACAAGAAAUCAAAGGCUUCGGGGUAACAGAAGACAUGAUGUGGAACAAGCAUUUGUGAUUCCUGUCUAGCACCUGCAAGGCCUGAUGUGUCCAUGCAUGAUAAAGACCCUCAUACCUUGCUUGUCUCCUGUACCAGCAAGGAGGCUGGGGUGGUAAAAAUCUGUGUGUCUUAAUCUUUGAAAGCGCUAAGAUAUAUUUUAGAAAUAAAAUCCUACUGUCUGUCCAGUUA